CGCUUUCAUGACCUUUUUCUCCCUCUUUUCUUCAACCACAAGCUAUCCAACAAACUCCUUCAUUCCUUCUUAUCUUCUUUCUUCCUCAGCCCUCUCUCUUCUCUCUCUCCUUCCCACCUAGGAGGGAUGGAGAUAAGAAAGAAACCAAACACAUGCACGUUUCCCAUCUUUGAUAUUUCUCCAAAGCCUUCCAUGGCUCUCCUCCUGGCUAUUCUCCUCUUCCUCUCAGGCCCUGCAGCGUCUGCCGUGGGACCUGCUACCGGUUUUAAACCGGCAGAUGAUAUCCUCAUUGAUUGUGGAAGCAAAUCUUCAUCCAAAACACCUGAUGGAAGAGUCUUUAACAGUGACCAAGAUACGGUCGAAUACAUAGAAGCCAAGGAUGAUAUUCAGGUCUCGGCCCCACCUUCAGACAAGGUCGCAUCUCCUAUCUACCUGACUGCAAGGAUCUUCCGUGAGGAAGCCAUCUACAAGUUCCAUCUAACCAGACCUGGUUGGCAUUGGGUUCGCCUCCAUUUCCUGGCCUUGGCUAACGACAAGUUUGAUCUCCAACAAGCAACUUUUUCCGUUCUAACAGAGAAGUAUGUGCUGCUUCAUAACUUCAAGAUUACUAACAACAAGAAUGAUAGUCAAGCUGUUCUCCAGAAGGAGUAUCUCGUCAACAUUACGGAUGCACAAUUCUCCCUCAGGUUCAGACCUAUGAAAAGCUCUGCAGCAUUCAUCAACGCUAUCGAAAUUGUCUCUGCUCCAGACGAACUGAUCUCUGAGUCCGGCACAGCCCUUUUCCCAGUCAAGGGUUUCUCUGGUCUGUCUGACUAUGCGUACCAGUCCGUUUACAGAGUCAAUGUUGGUGGUCCUUUGAUCGUGCCUCAGAACGACACAUUAGGAAGAACCUGGAUACCUGAUAAGGAGUUCUUGAAAGAUGAGAACCUGGCCAAGGACGUCAAGACGACCCCUUCCGCAAUCAAGUACCCUCCUGGAGUUACACCUUUGAUUGCUCCACAGACGGUUUAUGCAACAGCUGCUGAAAUGGCUGAUUCUCACACCAUUGCUCCUAACUUCAACGUCAGCUGGAACUUCCCCUCGAACCCGGCGUUUAACUACCUUAUCCGGCUUCAUUUCUGUGACAUCGUUAGCAAGUCUCUCAAUGACUUGUACUUCAAUGUGUACAUCAACGGCAAAACUGCCAUUUCUGGGCUGGAUUUGUCCACUGUCGCCGGCGAUCUCGCAGCUCCUUACUACAAAGACAUUGUUGUGAACGAGACACUUAUGACUCCUGAGCUGCUAGUGCAGAUUAGUCCCAUGGGAGAAGAUACAGGUACUCCAAACGCAAUCUUGAAUGGUGUUGAGAUCUUAAAGAUGAGCAACUCCGUGAACAGCCUUGACGGAGAGUUUGGAGUUGAUGGUAGAACCACCGGCAUGGGUAAACACGGUAUGGUUGCGACCGCGGGGUUUGUGAUGAUGUUUGGAGCUUUCGUUGGCCUUGGAGCCAUGGUUUACAAGUGGAAGAAGAGGCCACAAGAUUGGCAGAAGAGAAACAGUUUCUCCUCUUGGUUGCUACCCAUACACGCUGGUGACAGCACUUUCAUGACGAGCAAAGGUGGUUCUCAAAAAUCGAGCUUGUACAACUCAACCAUGGGCCUCGGCCGCAACUUCUCCCUUUCAGAGCUUCAGGAUGCUACGCAGAAUUUCGAAGCAUCUCAGAUUAUCGGUGUUGGAGGAUUCGGUAAUGUCUAUAUUGCAACCCUCGACGACGGAACCAAAGUUGCUGUCAAGCGAGGUAACCCACAGUCUGAACAAGGAAUCACUGAGUUUGAGACAGAGAUUCAGAUGCUUUCUAAGCUCAGACACAGACACUUGGUCUCCUUGAUUGGUUACUGUGAUGAGAACUCUGAGAUGAUCCUGGUCUAUGAGUUCAUGUCCAAUGGUCCAUUCAGAGAUCACUUAUACGGAAAGAACCUUGCUCCUCUAACUUGGAAACAGCGACUUGAGAUCUGUAUCGGUUCUGCACGUGGGCUUCACUAUCUGCACACAGGAACAGCGCAAGGGAUUAUCCACCGUGACGUCAAAUCGACCAACAUUCUUCUCGACGAUGCUUUAGUUGCCAAAGUAGCUGAUUUUGGUCUUUCUAAAGAUGUGGAAUUUGGACAGAACCAUGUCAGCACGGCAGUGAAAGGAAGUUUCGGGUACCUAGACCCUGAAUACUUUAGGAGACAGCAACUUACCGAUAAGUCUGAUGUUUAUUCCUUUGGUGUCGUUCUUCUAGAAGCUCUCUGCGCAAGACCAGCCAUCAACCCUCAGCUACCAAGAGAACAGGUUAACUUAGCUGAAUGGGCUAUGCAAUGGAAGCGAAAAGGGAUGCUCGAAAAGAUCAUUGAUCCUCAUUUGGCUGGGACGAUAAACCCUGAAUCGAUGAAGAAGUUUGCGGAAGCUGCAGAGAAGUGUUUGGAAGAUUAUGGUGUUGAUAGGCCUUCAAUGGGAGAUGUUUUGUGGAACUUGGAAUAUGCUCUUCAGCUUCAAGAAGCAUUCACUCAGGGCAAGGCCGAGGAGACUGAGAACGGUGAGCCAGUAACACCUGUCUCGGUGGUUCCGCCAGCAGAUACAACUCCAAUCACUCCUGCACCCACCACCAAUGCAGCGGCAGCUAGUGUUCCAGUUGCUUCCAAGGUGGAAGAGAACAAUGGUGCUGCUGAGGUUCAGGCCGUGGACGAACACUCUGGAACAGCCAUGUUUACUCAGUUUGCUAACAACCUUAACGGAAGAUAAAUCUUAACUAACAGAUAUAAACAAAACAAAGACAGAAAGCAUGCACCAAAACGAAUUUCUUGUCAUGAACCGUAAUUGAAAUAGAAAAAUGACUUCUUAAGGCGAUAUGUUUGUUUCUUUUUUAUGUUUUUGUGGUGGUCCAGGGAAACCUGUGUGAUAUUUAUAUUUUUGGUGUGUAUUAUGUCAAAUUUAUCUUCUUCUUUUUGUAUGAACUGUAAUUUAUGGGUGGAUAUGUAUACUACUAAAUGCUCUCAUGCAUUUAUCUACGUAUCCUCCUUUGUUGUAGUUG